UAUGCAACCGACGUGGUAUUCAAAAGCAUGCAUACUCCGAUGCCUUGAAGUAUAAUGAUCUUUCUCCAAGUCAGAGAAAAAGUAGAAGGGAGUAAGGCAUAUUCGACCAGGCGUACAUUUCACCAACACCAGAAUGUGUAGCGACUUAGGGGCCUUACAAGAUAUUAUGAUUGAACCUCCCUUCUAUUUAGACGCCGAGCUUUGUAAAAGUCUAGAGGCAAUUGGACCGGACAUAACUAAUGGCAUCAGAAGAACCAUCAGGCCCCUUCAACGAAGCCAGGAAACCCCACCGGAGAAAGACUACUUGCCCGGUGAACCUCGAAUAAAACUGGAAAACGACACGAUCGGCACCGAUCUCGAGGAGGAAUUAGUCACCAACGAUUUAGACCAACUAUCUCCGCACCUUUGGCUCGUCGCGAAACAAGAUAGCGCCCAUAUCUCGUCUCUCACACACCAGAUUGUCCGGGGGCGCAGGAUCAUUAUUACGGAGAAGCCGGAACUACAUCUUGUCUGGUAUUAUAACCAAGUGUUUAUUAAGCCGCUACCUAAAUACCUUCUUUCAUAUGCCUUUUGGAAAUACUACCUGAUUUCUCCACACUCGCCUAUCCAGGAACCACUGCAAAGUUCCUUGAGGAAAGCAGCACUUGGCUUUCUUCGGUCAUACAGUUAUCUCAUUCAGCGGCGAUCAGAUUUCAACCUUGCCAUGAAUGAGGACCACCGUCUGCUCCCUAAAAAUAUCAAGUACAGCAGCUUUUCUCGACUAAUUACGUCUGUACAAAGUAUCGGAGACGAUAUGGUCUCCCCACGAUACCACUAUGGCGAGCUGCGACUUUCACGCCUGAACUUUUGGAUCAAAAUAUUCUUCUUUCGUUUCACCUAUCACAAAGCUGAAGGACAAUAUGGCCCUUACUUUGCCCGCUUCUACGGACCUAUUCUAUUCCUCUUUGGCCUCUUUUCUGUUCUUCUAAGCGCAAUGCAGGUCGUUUUAGCUGCGAUGCCGCCUACUGAGAACUCGAGUGCAUCGUGGCUAAACUUCCCGCUGGUAUCUCGGGGGUUCUCAAUCUUCACGUUGCUUGUCGUCGCAGUUAUCACCUGCUACUUUUUGUUGGCUUUCGUAGGCCUAGCAUCUCGAGAAAUUAUCUUCGCUUUGAGGGACCUGUACCGCAAGAGGCGACGAGCAGCUUGACCUUGGCCUUGACGUACAGGAAACGGCCCAGGAGCAACGAAUAGCGUAGGAACCAAUAAUGAAUGGGCUAUGGAAACAUAGGUAUAUAUUCCUGAAUCAUUUACCUAUCCACCCGUCAUAAUAUUCAAUCUGCUUAUUAGUGUUGGCUUUUGCCUCCUCGCACCCAGAGGGUGCUGCUUUUUAGUUAAGGAAUCGGGCAAGAUUAAGGAUGGCGUAUCAGACUU